UUUCCACUGAUCAUGGUUCCAGUUUAAUAAACUCUGAUGUCCUCCAUCGUAUUUUCAGCUGUAGUUUAAGGCUUUCAGUAACCAGAUGUUCAUCUAUGUGAUGUUAGAAUAUUACUGUUAGAAGCAGCUAUGAGAAACAAGCAGGAUGUGUUUCAGGUUCAGGUUUUACUGCAGGACUUUGGAGCUUUGAUGAGAAUAAAACCAAGCAGCAGUUUUUUAUUCCAGUCCUCCCAGCUGGUCUGACUGUGAGUCUCAGCAGAUCCCAGUUCUUCAUGAGAGACUCUGUGUCUCUGAGCUGUGAGGAGGACAACAUCUCUACUGGAUGGACUGUGAGGAGAAACACAACCAGAGGAACCAGAACUCAGUGUGGAGAUGGAUGGGGAGAACCAGCUGGUUCCUCCUGCAGCAUCAGCCUGAUGUUCCUGUUUGAUACUGGAGUGUACUGGUGUGAGUCCAGAGAGGGAGCAGCCAGCAGCAGCAUCCAGUUCACUGUCUCUGGUGGAUCAGUGAUCCUGCAGAGUCCUGUCCUCCCUGUGAUGGAGGGAGAUGACGUCACUCUGAGCUGUCAAACAAAGACUUCCUCCAACCUCCCAGCUGCUUUCAUUAAAGAUGGCUCCCUCAUCAGGACUGAGCCUGCAGGUCACAUGACCCUCCACCAUGUGACCAGCUCUGAUGAAGGUCUCUACAAGUGUAACAUCAGUGGUCAUGGAGAGUCUCCAUCCAGCUGGAUCUCUGUCUCAGAGAAACCCACCAUGACUCCUCCACCUCCAUCCACCUCUCCUCCACCUGCAUCCACCUCUCCUCCACCUCCA